CACCACCGGCUCGAGUGCCGUUUUCACCGUUUGCUACGCGAUCACUACCGAUGGUGCGACCUAGAAAGUGACCAUUAGCUGUCCACCAGCGACACCGUGAUGACCUUCCAGCGAACUCUAAACACUCCCACUACACACGAGCACGCGUGCCCGCAAUGAUGAGAAGAUUUCGCAAUUUUCCAAUCGGCGUGAAAAAGCCACACGUCAUAUAAAACUGAUCGGCCGGUGAUUUUUCCAAUCAAAACCGUGUCGGGUGAGUUAGUGCGAGGAGUGUUUGGCUGCAGUGCGUGAUCCUCUAUCAAUACAUCAUGAAGGUUCUGAUAGCAGCAGUGUCAGUUCUAGCACUUGCCAGUGCUCAGCAGUUGAUUGAUCCGUCGUACUACAAUGAGGGUUUGGUGCAGUACAACGACUGGCAGCCAAUUGUUGGUCCGAAUGUAGUGAAUCCAUACGCCGUUCCACAGCUCCUACCAGCUCAGCAGUAUCCAUUUGUCCAGCCCGUACCGGCAGCACAGCUUCCACCAGUUCCUGUGCCAUUCCCAGCUCAAUAUCCGCUACCGUAUGCUGGGCAGUAUCCUUUCCAGCUCCCGAUUCAGGUGCCACAACCGCAAGUGCCUCAAGUGCCUCAACAGCAACAACUGCUGCCAGGACUGGUUGUACCUCCGUACGCCAACGUACAGCAGGUCGGUGCCCCUCAAGUGCAGGUCGUACGCCACGGACUUCCACACUCGGAUGCAGCAGCCGUUUCCUACUCCUCGCUAAACUACGGUACCAAUAACAAUGCCCAGCCAGCGGCACUCCCAACGCCACCAGCGGUCGUCGCAGCUCCAGCGCCCUCUAGCGGUGUAAACAGCGGAUCGGCUGGCCCAGUAACGUCCGGUGCGAGUGGUGCGACAGUGGUGAAGGACAUUGCCACCUUCGGCACGGAGUAUGGUACUGGGGCGGACAAGUCACCCGUCGCGCGGUACGAAGCCAUUAACGCCGGCUCGGUACACGUUGCACCGCUGCCGGGACACACCGUCGACCAGAAGCUGAUCGCACCCGGCACCACCGAACAGAAGCUGUAGAACAGAAGCGGCUUCCAGCCGGUUUUAGCGCCUUUUAAUCAUACCCAUAAAUCGGUUCAUGGUUCCGUUUGCUAGCGAAAUUGAUGUUGCCGUAGUGCUGUAAACAAAUAAAGCUACAUGGUAAUAAAAUUAACAGUAGGAUGAUGAAUUCUUGAUGCAGUGGUGUCUUGGAACGAUCAUCAGGCUUGUGUGACGAA